CUCUUUUUUUUCUCUCUCUAAUAAUAAUAAUAAUAUGGCCUCAACAACUGAAAGAAAUAAUGUCUCAAAGAAAAGUUUUGUCAUUGGCACUCGUAAAUCUCAACUUGCUCUAGUUCAAACACAUAUGGUGCGUGAUGCACUUCAAGCCUUAUAUCCAGAUCAUGAGUUUACCAUUGAAGCCAUGUCAACUCUGGGAGAUAACAUUCUGGAUAAAGCUUUAAGCAAAAUUGGUGAAAAGGCCUUGUUUACUAAAGAGUUAGAAGUUGCAUUGGCCAAUAACAAGGUUGAUUUUGUUGUUCAUUGUCUAAAGGAUCUACCAACCAUGUUACCACCCGGCAUGACCUUGGGUGCUAUUAUGGAACGUGAAGAUCCUAGUGAUGCACUUGUAUUGAACGAACGAAACAAAGGAAAGACAAUUAAGGAUUUACCAUCAGGAUCUGUUAUUGGCACAAGCUCCCUUCGAAGAGUAGCUCAGUUAAAGCGUAGAUACCCUCAUUUGGAGUUUAAGGAUGUGAGAGGAAACUUAAACACACGAUUAGCCAAAUUGGAUGACGAGAAUGGACCAUUCAGCGGUAUCGUUUUAGCUGUAGCAGGCCUUGUACGUUUGAAUUUAGGAAACCGCAUUUCACAAGUACUACCGCCUUCAGACUCCCUUCACGCUGUUUCUCAAGGUGCACUCGCUAUUGAAUGUAGAGAAGGAGAUGAUGAUACAAUUGCCAUGUUGCAACCCUUAAAUCAUGCCGAUACCAGAAUCACUUGUUUAGCAGAGCGUGCUCUCAUGCGUAAAUUGGAAGGUGGUUGCAGUGUGCCUAUUGGUGUUAACACAAGACUGGAAAACAAUACACUUUGGUUACAUGGCUUAGUGGCCAGUCUUGAUGGACAACAUGUAGUAGAGCAUCAAGAUAAAGUGAGCCUUGAAGAGGCAAAGACUCAGGAAGCAAAGGAAGCAUUAGCAGAGACAUUGGGUCGUUCAGUUGCAGAAACUUUACUGAAAAAUGGAGCAGACAAAAUUUUAGAGGAAUUGGCUCAUAAAUAAAACUAUUCAUGUCAAUAAAAUGUAUGGCGAUUUGUCAAGUUUAAAAGAAACACUGUAACUAUACUAAAUCUAUUGCUGCGCAUAACAAAGAAAAGUGUAAAUUGUCAAAAAGUGAUAGAUUAAAAUGCCGACUUCCUCCCCUUUUUUAUUAGUGUGAUGUUCUUUUAUCAUUUGUAGUUGAUCCUCUGUUUAUAAAAUAUGAAGAGUGAUUUAAAUAAAGUACAGUCAUAUCAAACACCCAUUCGCCAAAUCCAA